CCACGUUUCUUUUUCUUCCGGUCCUCGAGUACUUAGUACCGUAACUGGUGUUCGACUCCAGCUGAGGCUGCAGAAGGCGACAGUGGUCAUGGCGUUGUUUGAGCAGAUGAGAGCAAACGUGGGCAAGUUGCUCAAGGGUAUCGACAGGUACAAUCCCGAGAACUUGGCUACCCUGGAGCGGUAUGUGGAGACACAGGCCAAGGAGAAUGCCUAUGAUCUGGAAGCCAACCUGGCCGUCCUGAAACUGUACCAGUUCAACCCAGCCUUCUUCCAGACCACAGUCACUGCCCAGAUUCUGCUGAAAGCCCUCACCAACCUGCCCCACACCGACUUUACUCUGUGCAAAUGUAUGAUCGACCAGGCACACCAAGAAGAGCGGCCCAUCCGACAGAUCUUGUACCUCGGGGACCUGCUGGAAACCUGCCACUUUCAAGCCUUCUGGCAAGCCCUGGAUGAGAACAUGGACCUCCUGGAAGGCAUAACUGGCUUUGAAGACUCUGUCCGAAAAUUUAUCUGCCAUGUCGUGGGCAUCACCUACCAGCAUAUCGACCGCUGGCUGCUGGCCGAGAUGCUCGGAGACCUGACUGACAACCAGCUGAGGGUGUGGAUGAGCAAGUACGGCUGGAGCGCGGACGAGUCAGGGCAGGUCUUCAUCUGCAGCCAGGAGGAGAGCAUUAAGCCCAAGAACAUCGUGGAGAAGAUCGACUUUGACAGUGUGUCCAGCAUCAUGGCCUCCUCCCAGUAACUGUGUGCAUUAAUAAAGAUUGUUCACUCCACCCUGUUGUCUCCUGCCUCUGCCCUCAGAGAGCCAACUUGUGACCUGAGCUGGGGCCCUUCCCUCUUCUGGGGCGUCCCCCACGCCACUUCCUCCUUUGUCCCGCCCUGCUGCCUUUCCCUGCCCCUCCUUUUUGACCUGUGAGUCAGUGUAGGAUGAGGUAGGCUGAGGCCAGCUAAUGGCCUGGGGAGUUGCCACCCUGGGGCCCUGUGCUCUGGAGGGAGUGGAGAGCGUGCUCUCUGCACCUCUGACAAGUCACCCGGCUUCUGAAAGGGAGGGGGUGGUACUUCCUCAACCGGCAGUGGCAACAGCCUGCCCAGCCCUGCACUUGGAAGGUGCAGGUAGGAAGAUCAGGGAUGAAAAGAUGCCCUUAGCUGCAUCAGAUUCUGUUUUUAAAGGGGGGCUGAGGGGCUCAGUCCACAAACUUCUGCUGCUCAAAUAAAAAGGUGUGGUAAUG